AUGUCCAACACUGAGGACACGAUUGAACAGGAUGGUGCAUCCAACGGAGAUUCCGAGGCAGAUUUCCAAUCCCCCCGAACACAUGCAGACCGGUACGAACGCAUAGAGCUACCCCCAUUCUGGAGCCAGCAGGCACAACUAUGGUUCGCUGCAGUAGAGGCGCAAUUCCAGCUUCGCAGAAUCACAUCCGACGCAACCAAAUAUUAUACCGUCAUCGCUCGCUUGGAUCAAGAUGCUCUAAUCGUCGUGGAAAAUUUAAUAUCCAACCCGCCUACAAACGAUAAGUAUAGCACGCUGAAAAACGCACUAUUGAACCAUUUUGCACUCUCACAGAGUCGACGAUUCAAAAUGCUGUUAUCUGGCGUAGAGUUGGGCGACCGACGCGCAUCCGAAUUACUCGCGGAAAUAAAUCGUCUGGGAGGAGAUAAACUCGACCCGGCAUUCGUUCGAGUUACUUGGUUAGAGCGACUUCCGCCACAAGUCCAAAUGGCACUAGUGGGAAGGGACCAAGAAGAUAACGUCCAACUCUCCCAGCUCGCUAAUCAAGUAAUGGAGGUGCAACGCAACGCAAAUUACCAAAAUCUCAUGCCAGUCUCACGAAAUGUCAGUACGAAUGCGCUACAACAACAAGUCGACAAACUAGCUGAGCAACUGGAGAAGUUAAUCCUUGAGCGCAGUAACAAUAACAGAAGUGGAGUCAGCAAUCCAUUGCCAAACGCUUCCUAUUCCACACCACUUGUAUGUUUCUACCACCGCAGGCAAGGGAAACGCAAGCAGCCGCCAGUAGUAUCGACGAGCACCGGCGGCGAUACAACACCUCGUCGACUUUUCGUUUACGAUCGCAACACAGGCAUGAAACUCCUCGUCGAUACCGGCGCGGAUAUUUCUGUCACCCCACCUCCACAAGGAGUCAAACUAUCACCAAGAGCGCUUCGACUACAGGCAGCAAACGGCACCAAAAUCGACACGUAUGGCGAUAAGCCCCUCACUCUUAACAUAGGACUACGUCAACCGAUUCGCUGGGUAUUCUGUAUGGCCAACGUACCGUACCCCAUAAUCGGCGCAGACCUCCUACACGAAUACGGGCUUAUAGUGGAUCUGAAACAAGGCUGUUUAAUUGACCGCAACUCAGGUAACCGUAGCGUCGGCUCUAUGCAACAGCAUCAAUCACCGACAUUACCACACUCACGCAAACUAACAGAUUCAGCAACAUUCUGA